AGGUUUACCUUUAUAAUGCUUUAUUGCAGGUCCGCCUACGAUAAUCUAACAAAAACUAAAGUAGCCAUCAAGAAAAUAUCACCGUUCGAACAUCAAACCUAUAGCCAGCGAACCUUAAGAGAAAUAAAAAUUCUCACGAGGUUCAAACACGAAAAUAUAAUAGACAUAAGGGACAUAUUAAGAGCCCCGACUAUAGAUCAGAUGAAAGAUGUCUAUAUAGUACAAUGUCUAAUGGAAACGGAUCUCUACAAAUUAUUAAAGACACAGGCUAUCAGCAACGAUCAUAUCUGUUAUUUUCUUUACCAAAUACUCCGGGGUCUGAAGUACAUACACUCGGCGAACGUCUUACACAGAGACCUGAAGCCGAGUAAUUUGCUGUUGAAUACCACGUGUGACCUUAAGAUCUGUGAUUUCGGUCUGGCGAGAGUCGCGGAUCCGGAGCACAAUCAUGCGGGCUUCCUCACGGAAUACGUGGCUACGAGAUGGUACAGAGCUCCGGAAAUCAUGCUUAAUUCUAAGGGCUAUACCAAAUCGAUAGACAUUUGGUCUGUGGGCUGCAUCCUGGCGGAGAUGCUCUCGAGACGAGCGAUAUUCCCCGGCAAGCACUACCUCGACCAGUUGAAUCACAUUCUCGGUGUUCUCGGAUCGCCCUCGCCGGAGGAUCUUGAGUGCAUCAUAAACGAGAAAGCACGGAAUUAUCUUCAGUCGUUGCCGUAUAAACCAAAGGUACCGUGGACAAGCCUCUUCCCCAAUGCCGAUCCGAGAGCGUUGGAUCUCUUAGACAAAAUGUUAACGUUCAAUCCCAAUAAACGCAUUGUAGUGGAAGAUGCGUUGGCACAUCCCUACUUGGAGCAAUAUUACGAUCCUGCCGAUGAGCCCGUGGCAGAGGAGCCGUUUAAAUUUGACAUGGAGCUGGAUGAUCUUCCAAAAGAAGUAUUAAAACAAUAUAUUUUUGAAGAAACUCUACUGUUUCAGAAAAAUCAUCAAGAGAAUGCUAUGUAGUCGACUGGCAUGCCGUUGCCAGAAUCGCAAUAGCGGAUACGCGUGAUAAAUUGAAAAAGAAUAGAACGGAACCGAAAACGAACAAUAGCGGGAUUGGUAUGAAGAAAGCGUGCUUAAUCAUCGCCACUUCAUCGCCACUCGAAUUAUCGAUGAUACAAAGAUACUAGGAUAUUGAUGAGAGAUUUAGUUCAGCGAUCAACGAACGAUUAAUCGUGCCGAUUAGUCGGGUGAGUGAAACAGUCGCAAUGUCCGCGCAUACGCUUGUACAUUCGCAUGUCCUUACUUGGAGAAAGAAAAUAUAUAGUAUUUCUUAUGUUAUACCGAACAUAGCAUAAUAUCAAUUGGUACAACAUGUAUCUUUAAUUUAUUAUUGUCGUACCGUACCAUACUGUCUGUCUGUGAUUUAAUUGCGAGCGUGACGAGGCGUAACACGCGACGUACUUUGUCUUUAUUUCGUCGUCAUCUGUCGAAUUAUUUCUUUCACCUCCCAAAAGUGAAACGGUUGAGAUUACAACGUUAUGUGUAAUUGUACGGCGUAAUCAGGGCAAUAUAAAUUCGGCUUAUCGUAUCUCGGUUAUUUUACGAUAUCGAAAAUAUCAUAGAUAUCGGAGAUAUUGAGGUACACUAAAUGUUCACUCGUACGAGAUUCGGACGCUUGUAGCGCAUUCGUGUAACUCUUUCGUAUGAUAUUUUUCGUCUUGUGUGUGUACGUAUGACUGUGUGUGCGUGCGUGCGUAUGUACGUACGUGUGUGGCACGUACAAAUUUCUUUUGGUAUUUAAUCCGUUUCACGAUAGUCAACCGUUAUAGCGAAUACGCGACGUGCAAGCGCCCUGAUCGGCGCGAGCCACGAGAAUAAUAGUAUAUAAUUUAUGUUGAAAAAGAGAAUCGUGAUCUUCUUUCUGAGCGUGUGAUAGUAACGAUGGGGUGCCCGAGUCGUAAGAGUUUUAAAGUGACAAUUUGAAUAACAUGUAGAAGAAGGUCCCCAAGUUAGUAUUUCGGAGAUUUUACAAAUGUUAUACAUCGUAUAAACCUUAUCGCUCUUAGAGCCUUCCGAAAUCGAUAUCGCAAUCCAAAAUCUAUCUACGAUAAAGUCAAUUUGAAUCGCUAGAAAUCGAAUUCGUUAACUGGAUAUCGAUAGCUCCAUUCGGCCUUACUGUGAAUAUAUAGAGAGAAUUUUCUCAAUCCUUUACCCAAACAAACUAGGUUGUGAGAGACGAAGCAAAAAUUAAAAAAAAAAAGGUGAAAGAAAACAAAAAGGAUACUAAAACAGGGACAAAGUAUUUACUUCCUCUAUUAACUGUUAUCGACCUUCACGUUCUUCGAUACAUAUAAUAAAUUAAUAAUUAAAGAAAAAUUCGUUGUUCGUAAGAUUCUUAUCUAGAUUUAAGAUGCAUUUCUAGUAAAGUAAUUACGGAUUCUCGUGAGGGUGAUUCGCGUUGAUGCUCCUCGCCUCUUUCGCGAGGGAACAUAACAGCGAAUAAUAUUCUGUCGUUAUCAUAAUAUCAUGAUUUAAAUCUUCAUCGAUUUAAUACAUACUUAUCUUCCUUCAAUGUUUAUCCGUUGCGCGCAUUCGUUUGGGCACAUUGUCGUGGGCAAAAGAGUUAGGGAAUCUCUCGCGGUUUACAGUUUUCUAGGCGCGCUACAAGCCUUGAUUACAAAACGCGCACAAAUUACGUAGGCGGCAAGCAGUUCAAUUAUUUCACGACAUAUGCGCAGGCGUAAUCUCUUCCAAAAUGAAAAUUUCCAGUUUAUAAUGAUGAGAAUGACUUUUUGUAACGACAGAUUCUAAGAUCAGAUUCAGACAAGGCCGUGCUAAAUGAUUCCAGGAAUGACAGAUUCGAAUGCUUUUAGUUUUAACAAAAACAAGUGUAUAUCUUUCUUCCUGCGAUCCAUGGAUGGAUCGUUGUCUUUGUUAUUAUACGAAUAUAUUCCAUGUGCGAGUACAAAAAAACCACUUCCGACAUGAUAUAUGUAUUGUGCUUCUAUUUCUUACACGAUUCUCUUCCCGCGGCUGAAUUAAAAAUUUAAAUUGAAUUGCCACAAUGAAUUUUGCAACAGAGAUUUCUCAAAAACCUUACACUAAUAAUAUAUGGUGAGUGAUUCUCUUUACGGACUUAAGCUAUGGUCUAUUUAACACUACAAAUGCUUGGAGGCAUUCCUCUUUUUCUUUCUUUCAAUAAAGAAAGAAGGAGAAGAAGAACGCUUCAAAGUAUUUUUAGCAUCGAAUGGAGCCUGAAUUCGUUUCGACAGAGAAUCGUUAUACCAGCGAUAAUAUGUCAAAAUUUAAUACAUAUUAAGCUAUUUUCUCUCUGUAAAAAUGUUUAAUUAACCGCGCUGGCUCCGAAGAUAGUCUUCUAUGACGUUGUCACUUCUGCAGGGUUAAAUAAGACGCGUGUUAUAUCAACGGACGGUCCCUUUGAAGAAUGCUCUCAUAUUCGAGGCCUUUUAAACAGUUCUUAUAUAUUUUAGAUCGUGGGGAAGCGACGAUGAAAUCGUGCGCUCAGCGAAAUUGUAAGCCGACGAGAAAUCGAAACUCUCGCUGUCGAUAAUAAUUGGAUCCGUAAUACAUAUAGAUUGUGAUACAAGUGCGGUGAAAAGUAAUAUUUGAGGAAAAUGCUGAACUUGUGCGAACGUAGAACGUUGCGCGUAAUAUAUCGAUGACACAUUUGUCGAAUGUCGAUAUCUGGCCUAAUAUACUUAAAGUUAUGUAUGUGUACUUGUUGUUGUUGCCGAUUCUUAUAUAUCCGGACAUUCACGCGGAACAUCUCGUCCGUCGAUUUUCGAUGUUAUUUCGACGACCGUAUCAUUGAGACUUGUAAAAAAAAAGAGUAGAAAAGAGGCAGCGGGACGAGAGGUGGUGGAUUACGUGCCGUUUCCUCGACAAGUAGAAUGACAGUUGUUAGCCUACGAGUUAACGAGUGGUUGACUAAAUCAUUAGCGUUUUUACGUAAAGUAGAAGUGAAGGAGAGAGAGAGAGAGAGAGAGAAGGAAAAACUUUUCGAGAGAGAAAGGGCCGCACGACCGCCUCUUUAACGACGGGCAAGAUCGGCGUUUUUCAUCCGUGCGCAGCAAACGGUAUGUAAGAUAUGUGCGGGAAGGAUUCCAUCGCGGGAGGACGUAUUUGUGCCAUCGCAAUCGGCGCCGGCUUCGAAGCAACUUGGGACGCAAAAAUUUAUAGAGCUGUAAUUCGAUUGAGUGGCGCUCUUAGCUUUUUCAAUUAAACAAAAGGCCAGCAUUUCGUCCCUCGAGAUUGUUUCUGUCCCUCGGUUCCCUAUCGUUCCAAGGCUCUGAUCUUGCGCGAUCGCGUCGAUCGUCUGAUUCUAAUGGCAAUAUCGUGAAAGAUAUCCAUCUUGUCCGUUUCAAUUGUGUCGCUGUGAAUCAUUGAUAGUUUUUUGUCGCCGAAGCUGCAUUCAUAGCGUUUAAAACGACUUUAAAGCCCGUUUAAAUAUAACAGACGUAAUUUAAACAAAUCAUAGCGUUAAAACUGUAAUGCUUUUAAUCACGGUGAAUUAUUCUCUGUUGCGUUGGAGGAUCGAUCGCGUUAAUCGGAUUUGCCUCUCAGCUAUAAUUUUGCACAGCAAUUUUCGGGAAAAUUUCAUUAAAAGUAGAGCGAUGCUCGCAAGUGUGAAGUAUAAUAAACGAAGUAAUCAGAAAAUCAAAAUUAAGGCAGAUAUUUGAUAGAUUUUAACACUGCUCAUCAUAAACGCAAUUUUUUUCUGAUGUAUAAAUUAUCACGCAGGCGAAAAGAACAAUCGAAUGAUAUGCGGAUGAUAAAAUUUGAAUAUAAAUUUUCAAUGCGUCGCUUAUUCGACAAAUACGGAGUAUAAUCGUACAAGUCCUGCUGUCAAAGAAUGCGGCGUAAGACUAAACAGCCGCAAAAGUGGUAAAUGGAUUAUUUUGAAAUUUACUGUCGAGCACAAUCACUUGGACGCAAAUUGUAUUUUUGAAAAUAUAUUAUUGAACGGGGAAGGUUUAUAAAUCUGAGAAACCUAUGAAUGUAGCUAAGCAGCUAUUUGAGAAAUAAAUGUACUUACUGUGUUCUUUACCUGAUUUCUUUAUUACCUCGAUUGCUGUUUCCAAAAAUGAUUGUUAUCCAUGACGAGUCGUCAUUAUUCAUGUUAAUUAAAUUAUCAUUAUCGACUAUUGUAUUUUAAAUAGCUAUUCCAACUAUUAUUGUGCUAAUAUAAAAAAACAGGCUCUAUUGGCCAAUUA